AUGGUAGGGUUCAUUUUGCCAUCAAUAAUAAGAGUAGUUCUUUCAAAGUAUAUAGGAGAAUAUCGAAAUACAGUUCAUUUAUCAUUUGCUCCAAUGAUUUAUAAUAUAUUUUUCAUUCUUCCUUUAUCUGGAGCCAACUGGUUUGGAUCUAUAUUUUACAAGUCAUUAAGAGGAUAUGGAGGUCAUCUUUCCCUACUUAUUUCGUUUAUUUUAUCUUCAUUAAUGGUAUUUGUUUGUAAAAUAUCAGGAAGAAUAGGAAAACGCAUAAAAAUCAACCAAAGAACAGAUACUUCCAUCCUGAUCGAGCGUCCAAGGCAAGAAUUAUGCAGAUUUUCUUAUAGAGAAAUUAUUUCAAUAUUUUGUUAUGUUAUAGUCGGAUAUUUAGUUGGACAAGAUAUACUUAGAUGUGCUUAUGAAUAUUAUUUAUUGAACAUGCCUCUAGAUGUUCAUUUUAUUAUAGAUAGAGUUAUUAUUUUUAUUUUCGCUUCCUCGACGAUUGCAGGUAUCAGAACAUUUAUAAUAUACAAAUACGAUAUUCCUGCUUCAUGGAUGUCAGGAAAUGUUACACAAAACUUUUUACUUGCAUUAACUGUCGGAAUGAGAGAAGUUGUGCGAUUAUUUGUAGAUCUAUUGUAUAAUUAUCACUUUGAAGCUAGCGUGUACUACGCAACUUGCGUAAUGUCUACAAUUGGACUUGUUAUUGGAAUUGGCGCUGGUUUCUCAUUGAUUAUAUCGUUUAUUAUAACGUUUGCUGUUUUUAAUAGAGAUGAUGUUCAAGUACUUGAAACGGAAUAA